UGUCUGCGGCUGCCUUUCUUUUCUUUCUUUCUUUCUUUCUCCCCCUUUUACCUUUUCCACGGCGAUCUAAUUUAAUCCCGCGCCCGUUCUUUCCUGCUCCCCAACGAAGCUCAGGCUGUCCUGCCACCGCCCGCCACUCGUCUCUCUCUCUCUCUCUCUCCCCCCGCGCGCCGCAGCCGGCCGUACAGCGCCUCGCAGAUGACGGCCGCCGCCGCCGCCGCUACUGACUCCCUCCAAUGACCCCCGCGCCCACCGUCCACCUACCGGCGCUCCUCAUCCCCUUCCUCCUCGUCCUCCUGCUGCUCGCGGGGGGCGCCUCCGCAUCGACGCUCGCCGUCUCGGCCGGCUCCGCGGUCUGCGCCGUCGCCUCCGAAAACGGCACGCUCUACUGCGCCGUCCCUGCGCUCCCAAACGCCACCGCCAACGCCUCCUCCUCCUCCGCCCAGCCCGUCGCGCCGUCGCUCGUCUUCUCCCGCGUCUCCGGCGGUGCGGGCUUCCUCUGCGCGCUCGGCACCGCCCGCGGCUCCGGCGUUGGGGAUUCCGUCGACCGCGCGCUGCUCUGCUGGCCGCCGACUGACCCGGGGAGCCUCAGGCGGGUCUACAGGGGCGCGGCCACGCUCGCUGACCUCGCCGUCGGGGACACCCACGUGGCAGCCUACGACGCGCAGGCCCGCGGGAUACGAUGGUGGCGGCGGGGGUCAGACCAGAGCCAGAGCCAGUUCCCGGAGCUCGUCCUCGGCGCCUUCCGCUCCAUCGUCUCCGGCGACGGCUUCACCUGCGCCCUCGAGACCACCAACUCCUCCGGUGAUUCCAAGGUCCGCUGCUGGGGGCCGCAGGGCAGCGCCGUGGAGGCGGCGUUCGCGAACGCGACGUCCGUCUCCUCCCUCGCGGCCGGCGGCUCCCGCGCCUGCGGCGUCGAGGAGGGGUCCGGCGGCCAGGUCAUCUGCUCCGGCUCCGGCGCCGGCGCGCUCGCGCAGACCGGGAUCUACCCGCACGGGCUCGCCGUCGGCGACUCCCACGCCUGCGGCCUCCUCCGGCCCAACCACACCGCCGUCUGCUGGAGCCUCGCGGGGCCCACCCCGACCCUCUACUACCCGGCCUACGGCACGCCCUUCGAGCUCCUCGUCGCCGGCGGCAACCUCACCUGCGGCCUCGUCAGCACCAACUUCACCGUCGAGUGCUGGUCAUCUUCUUCCUCCUCGGUGGCCGUCGAGCUGCCGCUGCCGCCGGUGCUCCCCGGCGCGUGCGUCCCGGACGGCAGCUCCUGCGCCUGCGGCGUGUUGGAACGGUCGGCGGAGCUCUGCGCCGGCUCCGGCGGCGGCGUGAUCUGCAAGCGGCUCUGCGAGCUGUCACCGCCGCCGGCGUCCCCGCCGCCUCAGUCGCCGCCACCGGCGGAGGCGCCUUCGAAGGGCGUGUCCAAAGGCUGGAUCGCGUUCGCCGCCGUCGGCGCCGUGGGCGCCUUCAUCGGCCUCUGCUCCCUCGUCUACUGCUUCGUGUUCGGCUUCUGCAGCCACAAGCGGAUCCACAACUCCGUCCAGCCCAAUCUCCCCGGAGCCCCCGCCAUAGCCGCAGCAGCUGCCGACACUAAUGUCGGCGUCGCGGCGAGCCCCUACGGCUCGCCCAACGGGUCACGAGCUCGCGGCGUUGGCGGCGGCGGGGGACUGUUCCUGCGGCGGCAGCUGUCGCGCGCCAUGACGCGGCAGCGGAGCGGACCAUCGUCGUUCAAGGAGUCCACGGAGGAGUACACCUUCGCGCAGCUCUCGGCGGCGACGGGCGGCUUCGCUCCAGAAGCCAAGAUCGGGGAAGGCAGCUUCGGGGCCGUGUACCGCGGGAAGCUCCCCGACGGGCGCGAGGUGGCCAUCAAGCGCGCCGGGGACUCGCCGGCGCGGAGGUUCCAGGAGAAGGAGAGCGCGUUCCGGUCGGAGCUGGCCUUCCUGUCCCGGCUCCACCACAAGCACCUCGUCCCCCUCGUCGGCUACUGCGAGGAAGACCACGAGCGGCUCCUCGUCUACGAGUUCAUGAAGAACGGCGCCCUCUACGACCACCUCCACCCCAAGCUUGAUUCGCCGUCGUCUUCCCCGUCUCCGGUGGUGGCGUCGUGGAGGCUGCGGAUCAAGAUCCUGCUGGACGCCUCCCGGGGCAUCGACUACCUGCACUCGUACGCCGUGCCGCCCAUCAUCCACCGCGACAUCAAGUCCUCCAACAUCCUCCUCGACGGGAACUGGGUGGCCCGCGUGUCCGACUUCGGCCUCUCCCUCAUGGGCCCGCCGGAGACGGAGGAGACAACGGCGGCGGCGGCGGCGCCGCAGCAUUACAUGAAGGCGGCGGGCACGGUGGGGUACAUGGACCCGGAGUACUACGGGCUGCACCACCUGACGGUGAAGAGCGACGUGUACGGCUUCGGCGUGGUGAUGCUGGAGGCGCUGACCGGGAAGCGCGCCAUCUUCAAGGACGCCGACGAGGGCGCGCCGGUGAGCGUGGUGGACUACGCGCAGCCGAGCAUCGUGGCGGGGGAGCUGGGGAAAGUGCUGGACGGGCGCGCGCCGGAGCCGACGCCGCACGAGGCGGAGGCCGUGGAGCUGGUGGCGUACACGGCCGUGCACUGCGUCAGGCUCGAGGGCAAGGACCGGCCCGCCAUGGCCGACAUCGUGGCGAACCUCGAGACGGCCUUCGCGCUCUGCGAGGGCAGCGCGGGGGGCAGCCGCGGCCGCGGCAGCGGCAAUGGAGCCGGCGGCGGAGGGUUUGGGAACAGCUCGUCUAGUGCUAGCAUCUCCUUGACGUCCAUGGAGCUGUCCGGGAGGAGGGAGGAUUAGUGGUAUAGUCGCCAUUGAAUCCAUCAAUUCGAGAGCUUUCAAACUGUGAUUAGCCCGGGAAGAAGGGGUUCUUUCAAAACUGUUGGUUAGUUCAAUUUUUUUGAUUUUCCGGAUAGAUUGGAGGUCCGUCCGUGUGUGGGGAAAUAUCUCGUUCCACGCAUUUGGUUCUUGGUGGCUGUACAUGAUAUACACUUUUUAGAUCCAUCUCUUCUUCUUCCUCCAAAGAAGAGAACAUGAGUAAAUUCUUUUCCCUGGUUUCCAUGA